AUGGUGGAGCCAUGCCCGGUUCUCCCCGAUGAUGUGCUGGAGGACAUCUUGGCGCGGCUGCCGGCCAAGUCAGCUCUCAGGUGCCGCUGCCUCUCCCAUGCCUGGGCCGCGAGGCUCUCGUCGGAUCACUUCGCCGACAGGCACUUCCGCUUGGCCAACCGCCAGGGCGGCCCAAGGAUCCUGUUGCUGCACGUCCGGGGAUCCCGCGGACCGAAGGCGCACAUGUGGUCGCCGGACCACCCUGCCGGAAGAAAGCUCAUGGACAUCCCGCGCAACCUUACGUUCGACCCGCGCAAACCAGGCAACCGAAUCCCACGCCUCGUCACGCAACACUGCCGCGGUCUCGUCGUCCUCGACGCGACAGCAACCGGGAUCCAAUACGUGUACAACCCAUCCACAGGCCGGAUGAGCCCUCUGCCAGAGGGCCGCCCCACUGGGUGCAGCAGUCCCAGUGAGUCGUCCAAGAAGAAGUACGCAAGCCUAGGUCUCGGCUACGACGAGCAGACCGCAAGGCACAUAGUGGUGCGCAUCUGCUACCGCGGCUAUUACGCCGACAAGCUCCCGCUGGACCCUAGAUGCGAGAUCUAUGUCGUCAACUCGUCCAUGGAGACGGGGCUCUGGAGACCAACCAGGAGCGACAGGCCACCGGCCGGCUGGGUGAACCAGCACGGAACGAGUGUCUUUGCGCGAGGGCAUGUGUAUUGGCUAGGGCAGCCCAGGCUCAAGUCCCCACCGCAAGAGAUGUUCAUCGUUUCCUUCUCUCUCCUGCACGAGACGUUUGGUGCUGUGCCGCCACCGCCAGCGCUCGACUUGGGCAGCAAGAGUCUUGCUGAGCACCGCCUGACGGUGCUCGACGGACACCCUUGCCUCUUCUGCAACAUGUGGCCGAGCUACGACGUGUACCUGCUGCGUGAAGCCGACGCGUGGGAUCUGCGCUACCGGAUCGACACGUCACCGUCCCGGGUCCGGAAGUUACUGCCCUACAGGGACGGACUCCAACCAAUUGCCUCCAUCGACGACGGACACCGCAUCGUCCUCAUACAGCCACGCUCCCCAUGGUUAUGUGCAACCAGCUUCAGAUUAUGCGCCUAUGCUCCCGCCACCGGUGACGCACAUAGCCUACUGCAGGCCGAUAGUAAUGAGAGUAGUAACGGACUGCUGGCUCACAAAACCAUGGCCUUAGGUCAUGCUGCACUCUACGAGGAAAGCAUCCUGCCCACUGGGCAGCGCCACGAGGACAUCAUCUUUGCCAUGUCGCUCGUGCUGCGACGUUUGCCGGAAUGCACCCUCCUCAAGAUAAUGUGCGUUUGCAAGACUUGGCGCGCCAUCAUCCAGAGUGACCGCUUUGCUCACAAACGACGUCUAAUGUGCUGGCAUGAUUUCAUUCAUUUCUAA